AUGGAGCUUCCUCUGCUGUGCGGGCUACUGGUGAUGGCUGGUGUGAUUCCAAGCCAGGGAGGGAUCCUGAACCUGAACAAGAUGGUUAAGCAAGUGACCAACAAAACACCCAUCCUCGCCUACUGGUACUACGGCUGUCACUGCGGCAUCGGUGGCAGAGGCCAGCCCAAGGACGCCACAGACUGGUGCUGCCGGGUCCACGACUGUUGCUACGCCAACCUGAAGAAGACCCACGGCUGCCGCGUGCUCACGGACAGCUACAGAUACACCUUUGCCGAGGGCCACGUCCAGUGCUCGGACAAGGGGAGCUGGUGUGAGCAGCAGCUGUGUGCCUGUGACAAGGAGGUGGCCCUCUGCUUCAAGCGCAACCUGGACACCUACCAGAAGCACCUGCGUUUCUACUGGCCGCCCCGCUGCCACGGCCAGGCCCCUGAGUGUUAG